AUGCGUGUCGACACUUACCUUAUAACCCCGGAGCUGAAUCUCCCAUACAGUGGAGCGCUCGGGCCGGGGACGCAGGACAAGGUUUCAAGCUACCCACAAGAUGUGGCGCCGUACUAUGCCCUUCCCAUGUUCCAACACGUUGCAGCUCCCUUGGCUGAUUCUGAAUUGUUUAGACCUGUCGCUGGGAAAAGAGCAUUCCCCUCAUUUUUGACUAAUCUUUUGUUCCCUGCCGCGCACCAUCAGUCUGUCCAAAUAGCUCCCGUGCGUAACUCACACGGCGUAGAAGUCUGGUGUGGAUACAGUGACGUUUCUGUGCGUAUUUACAGGACGUCGAUUGGUUUUAGUGCUCUGUCCUCCUUGUUUUAUCUCGGAACAUGCCCCGUCACCCGCUCUACUAAGAAUUUUUUCUAUUUCCGCUAUAACCUUGGUGAAUGUGGUGGUUCAUUCACGACGAUGAAUGGCCUGCUUGUGUAUUCCAAUACAGUUAGCUAUAAACCAGAGCCUCAAGGAGAUAUCAUCAGGGCCGUGCCUCUAAACCUCCACUUUAAGUGUCUUUACAACAGAUUUCACUAUUCCUACAAAAUUGGGUAUGUGCCGGUGGUGCAGGAGAGCACGUUCUGGAGAACUCUGAGGGGAAAGCGCGUGUUCUCGCUCUACGUGCGCAACGCCCAGUGGGGGAGUCCCGCGUCAAACGAGAGCUUUGUGCUUGGCGAGCCCAUAAACUUCGAAGCAGUCGCAAGUCAUGUUGCCAAGGAUGAAAGGGUUUUCAUCGACUCUUGUUUUGUUACGGCGUCCGAGGAGCCCAAUUCUACACCAUGCCUAGAAGUCAUCAACAACUUUGGGUGUAUGGUGGACAGCAUGCGAAAAGGAAGUCGAUCUCAGUUCAAACAGAGGCAGCAGAACGUCCUUCGAUUUUCAGUAGAGGCUUUUUUGUUUCAAGAAAUUUCAGCAGAGCUUUUUUACCUACACUGCACAAUGUCUGUUGGGAGUUCUGUUACCAAGGCUACAGCCAAGUCCUGUACCUAUAAUAGAACCACAAGCAGGUGGGAAGAGCUCUACAGGACUGAUUACGUCUGUUCCUGUUGUGAUUCCAAAUGUGAACUUGAAGAGUUUUCUCAGGAGGCAAUGAAUGACGAACAGAGCAACGCAGCAGAAGUUAAGUUCGACGGUUUGGAAGGGAAUGUCAGAGGAGUACAAGAGAAUCCCCAUGUACUUAAAGCGACCGAUCAGAUGGAGAAAGGAAGUAGUUCAGUUACGGAUGAAGAAAAUGUUUCUCAGCAUAAGGCAGAUAGAAAGGAGGGUGAAAUGUCUGAGAGAGAGAUUGUCGCUGCUGAGGAAACAGUUCAGAAAAAGACAGCCGAAGACAAUUCGCUUCCUGGAGAUGCAAAGAGCAAGGAUCUAGGUGUGACACAGUUUCUGGAGAAGGUGAAGACGACCGAUACAGGUGACUGGAAGGAGGUUAUCAAGUCUUUGGAGAGAUCAAGGACCUCCGAUGAGAAUAAAAAAAGCAUGAAUAUUUUCAAGGAGGACCAGAGUUUAACCUUAGUGGCAGAUAGUGGAACAGAUGAAGGUGAUGUGGUCGAGAGAAUUUUUGGAAGUAACACACCUGUGCAUAAGCUGGAAUCAGAGGUUAUGAAGAUGGACAAGUCAACAUUUGUGAAUGCUCAAGGUGUGCCCAUUGUACGGGGAGAGGACGACCAAGAUCUAGACUUGAAGGAAGUAUAA